GAGUUUCAGAGGGCAUGCAGUGGACUUGCCUGACAAUGAUCCUCGUGUUCAAAGGAUUGCUACAGGUUAUUGGGAGCCUGAACAAAUCUUUGUCUCUCUUUCAUCAACCCAUGAUUCUGUCUGGAUUUCUUGGAUUACAGGUCUAUUUCUCCCUCUCUUUCUCUCUUUUUUUCUUACCAAAAAAAUUUAAGAUUUUGGAACUUCCAUUUCAUAUAAUCAUUACACUUAAAUAGGUAGCCUCUUAUUUAAGUAUUUAUAAGAUUUUGUCACCCGCUUUGAGCUUCGGCAGAGACAUGGGUAGGCACUAGCUUUGUCCGUUCAAAAAAGGUAAAUUCACCUUAUAAUUUCUUUAGGAUUUAUAAAAUUACAAAACAAUAUAAUGGUUAAUUUAUACUUUCAUCUUUCCCAAAAAUCUACUGUUAACUUUUGACCUCCUUUAAGCUUUAAGGAAAUCUGACGUGCAUCUUUCCGGCUAAACCAAAUGGUUCUAGUGUUGCGUAGGAACCUUCUAUAACGUGGGGAGACAGUGACAAAUCCUUGAAAAUAGUUAGGGGAAUUUCAAAUAGGAGAAAAUAUAAAAGAAAUGGAUCCAAAAACGGUGGGAAGUGUUGUAAAAUAUGGGAGGUGGAGAUUUGGAAUGACAAAGAGAGCAAUGGGGCAUUCAUUAGUUUAUAGCCAACUUUAUCCAUUUAAAGGCCUCCAAAAUUAUACCUCUGGAAUUAUUCACCAUGUUCGCCUCACUGGUUUAAAACCCAACACCUUCUAUUACUAUCAAUGUGGAGACCCUUCAAUCCCAGCAAUGAGCGAUGUUCAUUAUUUCCGAACAAUGCCGGCCUCCGGUCCAAGGAGUUAUCCGGGAAGAAUUGCAAUCAUCGGAGACUUGGGGCUCACGUAUAACACAACUUCAACAAUUGAUCACCUUAUGAGCAAUCACCCGAACCUGGUGCUGUUAAUCGGCGAUGCAAGCUAUGCCAACUUGUAUCUCACCAAUGGCACCGGUGCCGAUUGCUACUCUUGCGCUUUCUCCGAUACUCCUAUUCACGAAACGUAUCAGCCUCGUUGGGAUUAUUGGGGCCGGUUUAUGCAGCCUUUGGUGUCUAAGGUUCCCUUGAUGAUGAUAGAAGGGAACCAUGAAAUAGAAGAACAGAUUGAGAAGAAGACAUUUGCGGCUUAUAGUGCUCGAUUCGCAUUUCCAUCGGAGGAGAGCGGAUCAUCGUCGACAUUCUAUUAUUCUUUUAAUGCAGGUGGCAUUCAUUUCGUGAUGCUCGGUGGUUACACCGACUAUAACAAAUCAGGGGAUCAAUACCAGUGGUUGAAGAAGGACCUUGCAAAAGUUGAUAGAAAAGUGACUCCAUGGUUGGUUGCAACAUGGCAUCCUCCAUGGUACAGUACAUAUACUGCACAUUAUAGAGAAGCUGAAUGUAUGAGGGUAGCAAUGGAAGAUUUAUUAUACAAAUACGGAGUUGAUAUAGUCUUCAAUGGACAUGUUCAUGCCUACGAGAGGUCGAAUCGAGUGUAUAACUACAACUUGGAUCCUUGCGGUCCUGUUCAUAUUACGAUUGGUGAUGGUGGCAACCGAGAGAAAAUGGCAAUUACACAUGCUGAUGAACCCGGAAAUUGCCCCAAACCAUCGACAACUCUGGAUAAAUUUAUGGGUGGGUUCUGUGCAUUUAACUUCACAUCAGGGCCGGCAAGUGGUAAAUUCUGCUGGGAUAGGCAGCCUGAUUAUAGUGCAUAUAGAGAAAGCAGCUUUGGACAUGGAAUCCUUGAGGUGAAAAAUGAGACUCAUGCACUGUGGACAUGGUACCGUAAUCAAGAUGCUUAUGGGACUACUGGUGAUGUGGUUUAUAUAGUUAGGCAACCUGAUAGAUGCCCUGUUGAACCCGACGUAAUUAAUUAGGAGUAAAUUCCAAAGCUUAAUUAAGUUGAUUCAUCUGCAGUCACCAUUAAAAAGUGAUGCCAAGGAAGUUUAGGUUUGAAUCUCGGCAUCUGUCCUCAGACUAUGAUUUCUUUUAUACCAAUAAAUAUCUUUCAAAGCUAUAAAUACACAUUAAACAUCAAAAUCAUACAGCUGAUAAAUCACAAAGGGAUUAUGUACGUAUGUAUGCAUGCAUGUAUGUUGGCUUCUAAAGAUUGAAAAGUAAAUAAUUAAGGAUUCAAAAGGAACAUUAUUGUGAUAUAAUUUGCAGGUUCGUAAUUUUAAUUAAAUGAAAUAAGUUUGAUGUAA